AUGCAUCUGCUCCCGGCUCAGGAGGCUGCUAAAAUCUACCACACCAACUAUGUGAGAAACUCUCGAGCCAUCGGCGUCAUGUGGGCCGUGUUCACCAUCUGCUUCGUCAUCAUCACCAUGGUGGUCUUCAUCCAGCCCUACUGGAUCGGGGACAGCGUCAACACCCCGCAGGCCGGCUACUUCGGCCUCUUCAACUACUGCAUCGGCAACGCGCUCACCUCGGAGCUCGUCUGCAAGGGCAGCGUGCUGGACUUCGCCUCCAUCCCCUCACCAGCCUUUAGGACCGCCAUGUUCUUCGUGGGGACCUCCAUGCUGCUGAUCGUGGCCACUAUGGUCUGCUUCAGCUUGUUUUUCUUCUGCAAUACCGGGAACGUCUACAAGAUCUGUGCGUGGAUGCAGCUGGCCUCAGCGGUGUUGAUGGUGAUGGGCUGCAUGAUCUACCCUGACGGCUGGGACUCUCCGGAGGUGAAGAGGAUGUGUGGCCAGAGGACGGAUAAGUACAGCCUGGGGAACUGCACGGUGCGCUGGGCCUACAUCCUGGCCAUCAUCAGCAUCCUGGACGCCCUCAUCCUGGCAUUUCUGUCCUUCACUCUCGGCAACCGUCAGGACAAACUGCUGUCGGAAGACUUCGAGGUGCAGGGAGGGGCAGAAAACCCCUGA